ACGAGGCAUCCCACUCUCCCCCUCUCUCCUUCAACACUCCUCCACUGCAUCGACCCCUCUAAAGCAUUAGACUUUCAUCAUUGCAUCCCAAUCCUACCCGUGGUAAACACCGGCUCAAGGACACGACACGCCAACCGGGCACAAAGGCUGGCAGCCCCCCCUCCCCUCCAUUGCCUCGCCUCGCCGCGCUCGAACCGCUCGAACCUCCCCUCCUCUCCCCUCGCGGACAAGUCGUGCGACAACAACCCGCUUCAUCCACCAGUACCCGAUCACGGCCGAGUGUUUGCAACUGUGUAACCUCCCUUUUGUCACCCAACUCAUCCAGCUGUCCUCGUGUGAUCAACGUGAGAGACACAUCUCGCCCCUAGGUCGGAUUGUCGACGCGUCGCCCGCACGCAGCACGCACCCAAUUCUAAUCGCCGCACGAUGCAACCCGUGCGACGAGAGUAUGCGCAGAGCUAUCCGCCCCGAGUGUACGGCGCUGGAGGUGGAGCUCAGCAACCACAACAUCUAGGCGGUGGACAGCUCCAGAACGGCGGCAUCACUCUCGGCCCCGGCGGCUCGCCAGUCAACCAUCAGCCGCAACUGCAACAUGGCCCCGGCGGACAGGGCAUGGUCGGCGGCCCCCAGUCGGCGGACGGCCAGUCGAAUGCCGCAGUCCCGCCCCCAGAGAUGAAUCUCGCGAAUGUGCUACACUACCUCCAGAGCGAGUGGAGGCGGUGGGAACGCGACCGCAACGAGUGGGAGAUUGAGCGCGCCGAGAUGAGGGCGCGUAUAGCACUGCUCGAAGGACAACGCAGGUCGGCCGAGAACCUCAAGGUUGACCUGCUGCGGCGAGUCAAGAUGCUCGAGUUUGCCUUGCGGCAGGAGAGGACAAAAGCGACUGGACGGCCAACGUCCGGCACCGCGGCCCUGCCGCCCUCUCGCUUGGCAGCCCUAAAGGACGAGGCAGAUGCCAGUAGCAGCCGCGACGACAAAGAGGGCAGCGGAAGCAGCGAGGGCGGCGACGACAUUGGUACGUGUACAUUGGCAGCCAUUGGUGGCAACGCUCAUGCUUCUCCCUCAGAACGACCAAAGUCAAACGGCGUACACAUGUCCAAACAGCCAUCCCGGCCCAUUCCCGACACUUCGGCUUGGAAGAACCUCAGUGGGCCCCCGCGUGACCCCAAAGCCCGGGCGCGUAGCCGCGAGUAUCUCAAGCAAUGUCUCCAGGAGAUCACCUAUCUCACAUCGCCUGGCGCGUUGAACCCUCUCCCGCCUCGUGCUCCUGUUGUUGUCGAGGGUGGGGCCUCGUCGCCGCCUAAUGGCGAAGCAGCCGGCAAUGUCGAUCGACCCACGAAGAAUCUGCCUGAACAGCCAAUUCCGUCCCCAUAUGCCCAGCCGUCUGCGGAAGCAGCACCAGCAGCCGAGGAUUCCCAGGCUACGUCUUCGACAUCGCCACCGGCAGCACCAUCGGCAGUGACAGCUACAACGGCUUUUGCCGCCACCGCCGCUGUGGCUAGCGCUACUGUUGCCGUGUCGCUUGCAAAUGGGUCUGACGAGCCCAAACCUAGCGCAGCUGUCAAUGAGGAAACGCCUGCCCCGCCAGCUCCCUCCACCGACACCCCGGCCGACGCCCCUCCCUCAUCCCCCGCUCCCCGAACGCUCCCCCUGCCUGAAGGGGCUGAGCCUCCGUCGGUCGACGGUGCCGCUGGGCUAGCCCCGGAGCCAAAGCAGACGCUGACGGCCAUCUACAAGCCCGCCAGUAAAGCGGCCUGGCGUGAGGAGCUGCGCGCCGCCAACGAGGCUGCUUCUAAGGUCCCAUGGCCACCUCGCAGAAGCAGUGACGAAGAGUCGCUCGCCAACAUAACCCUGAUUGAAGAGGAGGUCAAGGCCGAGGAGGCUGAAGGCAACUCUGAUCGUAUCUGGACUACCCGGCGAGCACUCAAGAGCCAUCUUGACAUUGUCCGCUCUGUUGCCCUUGCCAAUGGACCGGAUCUUGCCCUUGCAACCGUCGGCGACGACUGCACCGUCAAGGUCUGGUCCCUUGACGCGCCAAGCAUCAUGUCGUCGUCUUUGCGGCCGCUCGCCGCCGAGCUCGAACCCGUUGCCACUUAUCGUGGCCACACUGGGCCCGUCACGGCCGUCACCAUUUCGUCGUCACUCGGUGUAAUCUUCUCAGCAUCAGCCGACUGCACUAUCCGGUUGUGGAAGCUGCCGGCGCGCGACCACGACCCGUACGCUCCUUAUGACCCGUCAACAUCACUCCAGACACUCGAGGGGCAUACCGACAUUGUCUGGGACGUUUGUUUGUUGCCGCCCCGGACCGACAAGAGCACCGCCUCUAACGGUCCCCUCAAGCGCACCGCUGUGGAGAAGCAACUGAUCAGUGUGUCCGCCGACGGCACCGCCAAGCUGUGGGAGGACCGCGACGGCAAGUGGAGUCUGCAGGCAACGUUUGGGGACUUUGGCGACGGCGUUGUCCCGACGUGCUUGUGCGUCGACCAGCACGACUAUACGCGCAUUCUGGUUGGCCUGUCCAACGGUCUCGUCAAGCUGUUCCAGGUUGACGGCGCCGAGGAAAUUCAGACCUUUGGCGAGGUCGGCUCGCAGGUCAACGCCAUCCUCAGCCACCCGACUCUUCCGUGGAUCAUUACUGGACACGAGGACGGUCAUCUCCGUUUCUACGACACAAAAUCUUCAUCACCAAACCACAAUCUUCUCGCCCACCCUGCCCCAGUUACCGCCCUCGCGCUGUCGCCUACAUCGCCCAUGUGCAUCCUCAGUGCCAGUGUCGACUGCUCUGUCCGGCUGUGGGACUUGCAGCGCAAGACAUCGCUGCAGGACCUCACGGGUCACCGGCAGCGGUCCGACGAGGGCGUCACCGACGUCGCGAGCCACCCAGAUCUGCCCAUUGUGGCGAGCGCUGGCGCUGACGGCGUGGUGCGCGUCUGGGGUGCGGGAUGAGGCCUCUCACACACUCAAGUUUCCUUUUAAUUUUUACUUUGCCGCAUUGGUCAUUGUCAUGUGCAUAAUGAGCAUGGAUUGUAGUCGCAUGAGUAGUAGUCAUGUCAGAAUGAUAGAGAG